ACAUUGUGAAAUUGAAGACAAUAAACAUAAGCAAAAGUUCAAUAUUAGCUAUUGCGUGUCUAUUGAAAUUUGAUGGUGGUUUGGCAUUUGAGCAGAAUAAAAAUCCUCUGAUAGGACCAUUUCAGCAAGUAUUAUCAUAGCCUGAAGACGAACAUGGCAGGGAGCAAAAAAGACAUAAAUACUGCCGACGCAGAAAUGGACAAUCAUUUGAGAUGUAUUUUCUACAUUAAGCCCAAGCCAGCUCCAACAAAAUGUAGUCCAUUUGUGGUGGAAUUUUUUGGCGUUUUGAGCCUAACCGAUCUUCGAGAGCCCGAGAGGAAGCUGUGGUACAUAUACUAUUGUAAGCAGUCAGAUAUCGAGCACACAGUCCAUCAGAUUCACCAGAAGUAUGGCAAAAAGAACAUGUAUGAGAUAUUCCAGAAACCGGUAUUCAGUGGCGCUGCCUUGCGCGCCAGUGUCAAAAAGCACUUUGCGGAAUUGAAGUGGUUUACCAAGGGAAAUCUGCUAGAAGCACCCCCAAAGAGUCAUUUCAACAACGAGCGUGUUUGUAAAACUGUAACGGAUCUGCGCAACAUUGAGCAGCAAAGAAUUUAUAACUAUGUACUGGUGAAAAGUCAGUGGUACUCGAUGUACAACCGUUAAUUACCUCCCAUGUGGUUAAGCUCUGUGAUUUUUGAUAAGUUUUUAGUUACAAGUGACGUUACUAUAAACAACCGUAAUUGUUAUAAUUGUCCAUUAUAAUUCAAUUUAAUUCAAUAAACUAUUCUUAUUUUUAA